UCCAAGGAAGCUGAGAAUAAUAUCUUUGGGGAAAUAUUUUCAAAAGAAAAAGAACAAAUAUCUGGGUGAUACGAUUUUAUAUUAGCUUGUUUUUUAAUCACAUUUAUUAAGAGGGUAAUAAUCCGUGAAAACACAACAAAGAAAUUCCCAAAUUCUCAAUGUUAGGGUUCCACUUCUUUUGGUGAAAUCCACCGGUGACUAAAAAAAUCCCAGAUUCUUAGUAUCAGUAAAGAUUAGAAAGUUUUCUUUAACUCUUAGUUUAUUGUUUGUAGUUUCUGAUCAUGGAGGAAAAAGUGGAUGAGAGAAGUGAAACGAGACACCCACGGUUACCGAAAUCAGUAGCACCAUGGCUAGUGAUACCAUUUCAAGAAGAAGGUAAUAAUCAAAACCAAGCUUUCUAUAAAAUUUCUGAACCAAAUAACAAAACAAUUAGAAUAUGCACCCCUGAACUGAGUGGUAGUAACAGAUUUUAUCAGAAACCAUCUCAUCAAGGAUGGGUAGUUAUUCGUUGUGAUGAUGUAGAUGACAAAUUGAAACAUGGGGUUUGUUUUUUAUGUAACCAUUUAUCAUUAAAAACUAUUCAAUUGCCUAAUCUUGGAAAAUUCCUUACUAAUGUAUCCAAUGAUGAAGAUGAUGUUUUUGGUAUUCACGAUUGCGUUUUAUCAUCACCGCCCCUGAAAGAUGGUAGUGCUAAUCUUAUUAACGUUAAUGAUCCAAUUGUUUAUUUCCUUGUUUGGGGACCUAUUGAUUUAAUUGUGUAUUGUCGCGUUGGUGAUGCGAAAUGGAGAGCGUCAUCUAUUCCUGGAGGAAUGAUAGAUGACAAGUCGGCGGCUUCACUCAUUUGCUUUAAAGAUAAAUUAUUUGUAUUGAGUUGUGCUUAUCAUUUUGAGCUAGUGGUUGAGACACGACUAAGGGGUGGUUAUAUUGAUCUUCGAAUUCGACAGUUAGAGGUCAGUAGUGUCCAUUCUGAGUAACAUAUAUUUUCUGCAGUCAUAUGAAGAAAUAUACAGAAUUGAUAUGGUGUGUUUGGUCAGUAGAGGUUACCUUAAUAAUUUGGUUAUCUCAUUAAAUAUGUUGAGGUUGAAUUUCUCGAACAUGUCUUGGGAGGACGUGAACAGUUUUGGUGAUACAGUGCUGUUUCUUGGCAAAAAUACUAAUGCUUACUGCUCAGCGGCUGAGUUGGGGCUAAGCAAGGGUUAUCUGUAUUAUACAUUGCCCAAAGAUCAAAGUUUAUACAUGUUUGAUGUGGAGGACAAAUGCACUACGACUAUCUUGCCUUGUUCCAAUUUGCCAACGCCAUGGUAUUCCUUGCAGUGGAUAAUGAUGCCUCAACCAACCGCCAGUGUCGCUGAUGGAGGAAGAAUUAUGGAUAUUUUGUCAAGCAAAGUUGGACCAAUCAAUAACACAAGAAAGGGGAACGAAAUGGAGGAAAUAACAAUUGCAGAUGACAGUGAGAAUCUGACAAAAAAAAAACAAAUGGUGGAAGACCUAAAAGAAGCAAGACCUUGGAUGGUCGUUAAUGAGGACAUUGUGGACUCCAUCGCAAGUCAUCUUCAUCCGGUGGAUUUCCUACAUUUCCGUGCAGUUUGUAAAGCAAAUAAGGUUCCAAUAAUGAAACAGAUUUCAGGGGUUAUAAGAAGCACGUAUUUAACUCCAUGGCUUUUGUUUUCUACAGAAAAUGCUACUCGCAACAAUUUUGUAGAUCCAAUGCAUAAUAACGAGAAAUACCUCAUGAACCUCCCUGAAUUGCUAGCAGGUGCUAUAGUUCGUUGUCAAAAGGGUGGUUGGCUAUCGAUGUCGAAAGGUAGGUUUACCUUUUUCUUCUACAAUCCCUUUACAAAAGAGACUAUUCAGCUUCCGGAGUUGCGACGUGGUUGUGUCUUUGCUGGUGUCACAUUCUCCUCUUUACCAACUUGCUCAGACUGUGUAGUUUUUGGCAUUGCACAAAAAAAUAAAGAAGAAGUUUCCAUCUACAUCAUUAAGAAGGGGCUGAUAGUUGGGGAAUUCUUUCCUUUCAAAAUAGUGAUUUGGAGAAGUACAUGCCAACCUUCAAUGAACCAGUUUUUCACAAGGGAGCUUUUUUUGCCGUAGAUUUUAACGGAACCUUGGGAGUUUAUAAUGAGGGUAGUUGGAAAAUUCUUGAAAAGCCUCGUGGAUUCUCUAACUCUGCAUAUGUCAGUUUCUUGGUGGAAUGUGAAGACGACCUUUUAUUGGUGCGAAUUCUUGGAUUUUCUGUUACAGUAUUUUGGCUUGGCCGGACUUGUUUUUGCUUUUGCCCUGAAGGAAAUUCAGGGGAAUCAUUUGAAAGAGUGGUUUGGUGGUUCUGAGAGUUGGAUUCUUCACAUUCAGACAUACACAAGUAAUUUUACUUGUCACCAUUCAGACAUCUUCUUGUAAUGCAAUACGAGUUUAAACCAGAGUACAAGACUACUACAGAAGCGGUUGGAGAUUGGUAUUUCGACAGAGAGGCCAUUUGAGGAGACUGUCUGUCCUUGAAGAUUUGAGCAAAGGCUAGGUGUAGACCUGAAAGCAGCUCCUAUAUCAGUUACUGAUUUUCCCUCUUCUCGCCAGACUGAACUUGUGUAUGGCUCAGCAACAGACGAGCAGUUCAAAAAGAAAGAAGUCUUAAAUAAUAGAGAUCCAAGCAAUCCUUCUUGUCACCAUUCAGACUUCUUUUCUUAAAGCAAUACGAGGUUAAAUCAAAGGUACCCCGAUACCUCUCAUUAUCUGUUUUAUAUCUAAACCCCCCAUUAUCUCCAUUUUGCUUCUUGAAACUUGUAUAUUACAAAAGUGAUGAUUUGUAAACCAAAAUAUGCCUGAGAAUGUUCUUCUGUUCUAUUUCUAUAUCUACAUACAUGAUCUCCA